UUCUCAUAUAAAAAUGAAAAUUGUUUGUAAAAUUCUUCUCAUUUUGAAGUGCAUAUUGGUUGUUCAUACCCAUAUAAUUGGAUCUGCAUCGAGUGAAGUCAUUGGCGGUCGCAAUCCAAAAUGGUUUCCUUUUUAUAGCAUAGGAAGGUUUGCCCAAGACACCUGUGUUGGGACAAAUAAACUAAUUGGAACAUGUACACUUGCUUUACAAUGCAGUGAUAUAGGAGGGACAACAACAGGUGCAACCGCUUGUAGUCAAGCAAAUACCAGACAAGCUUCUUGUUGCAUUGUUACAAAAACAUGUGGAUCCAGUGCAGACUACAACAAUACAUAUUUCGUCAACUCAGGCUAUCCACAAACAUUUCCUGGAGGUUCACGAUGCGAUAUACGAGUCACAAGAUUAGGAAGUGAUGUUUGCCAAUUGAGAAUAGAUUUUUUAGAAUUUACAUUAGCACAACCAACUGGAGAUGGAUUAUGUUCCUCUGAUUAUUUUGGAGUUUCUGGGGGUUCAUCACCAGUCCCUAGAAUUUGUGGAGAAAAUUCUGGUCAACAUGUUUAUGUAGAUUUCAGUGGUGAUCAUCCAAUUACAAUAACAGUCGCAACUUCAAGCUCUGUCUCAUUUAACCGAAGGUGGCAUUUUCACUUACAACAAAUUGGAUGUGAUUCUCCUUCGAAAGCACCUUCUGGAUGUCUUCAAUAUUGGAUGGAUAAAAGUGGGUACGUAAGUAGCUUCAAUUAUGCAUCUGCAGCAAGUGGAUCUACUAACUCAAUAGGAGUACAAGGUUCAAGACAAAUUGCAAGCUUAUCAUAUGGAGCAUGUGUGAAAGCAGCUCCCGGAACAUGUUCCAUAACUUGGUCAAGACCAACAGGAGAUGCGUUCGCCUUCACUGUGACAGGAGAUGUUGGUGCGAUCGACCCAGCAAUAUUAGGGACUGCGGCUGUUCAAGAACAAAUGUGUACAACUGAUUAUGUUACAAUUCCAUCUGCUCAACAAAAUGGGGUUGAUGCCUUAGGAGGUGAUAGAUUUUGUGGCUUAGGAAUAGAUGAUACGACGAGUAUAUCUCGUCCUUAUGUCAUUUACACAAAGACAAACGCGAACGAAAUGACAGAUAUCGGUAACAGAGGAUGGUAUUUGACAUACACUCAAAACAUGUGCCCUGUGUAACAAUCUUUCAUCUGAAUAAAUUAAAUCAUCUGAAUAAAUAAACAAAAGUUCAGGAAAUAGCGAAUAUUUGUAAUAAAGAACGAAAUUUGACAUUUAACGAACCUUCAAAAAUUUUGUUCUUCCAAUAAUUCUUCAACGAAAUAAAUUUGUGCAAAUAAACAUUUAUUGCAUUUGAGCUGCAUUA